AAACUCUUUCGGGGAGGCGUUGAGGGUUUUCUCUUGGUUUGGGCAUGACGUCAUAAACAACGCCGCUACUUUUCAACCGGCUCCGCGUGCAGCACCGACAGAAGUAAAAACCCAUACACACUUCUCAAUCCAUGCGUGACUCUAGGUGGCAGAGGAUCUCCAAUAUGACAGUUCUAUAGCCGAUAUGAAGCGUGACUUGAGAUGCUCACUCGUGCAUUACUGAAGAAACACGAACCUUCUAAGACUGAGCCACUCUCGGCCCCUUAGCAAGUUAUAUUACUCCUCAUUUGGUAUCAUGAAGCAAAGAUCCGUGUCUGCAGAUCCUCCAACUAUAUGGUCGCGCUGGACCGAUCCAUCGAACAGCCAAAUGAAGGUUAGCAGUCGUUUUAUUGUAGGUUUAAUGACCAAAUUUAAUGCCUGAUUUGGAUGAUCAAGGAACAUCUUGAUUGAGGAAGGAGCUCUGGAAUUUUUCCGAGUGUGAGGUUUUGAUUGGGAGCGCUAUCGAUAUAAUGGAGGUGGGUUCAGAAACAUGCCAGCACCUCUGUCCCCAUCACCAGCUUCACCAGCAGCUUCAGCAGAAGAGGAGGACUGUCACCCAUGCUCUCGAAGACCAGAAAAAAAUUUAUACAGAUUGGGCAAACCACUACCUCGCCAAAUCCGGACACAAACGCCUGAUUAAAGACCUCCAGCAGGAUGUUGCGGAUGGCGUUUUGCUGGCAGAAAUCAUUCAGGUUGUAGCAAAUGAGAAGAUUGCAGAUAUCAACGGAUUUCCAGAGAGUCGCUCUGAAAUGAUUGAGAACAUUGAUGCCUGUCUGGGUUUCCUGGCUGCUAAAGGAGUGAAUAUAAAGGGACUUUGUGCUGAAGAGAUCCGCAAUGGGAACCUGAAAGCCAUUUUGGGGCUGUUCUUUAUCCUGUCACGCUUCAGACAGCAGACUUUGAAACAGGCCUCCAGCAAUGUUCAGAGUCUCCAGCACAGCCAUGGAUGCUCCAGUCCUGCUCUUUCUCUUCACAGUUCUCCUGUCAGCUCUCCCUGCCCAUCCCCUAUCCAACAACACUACACCUCAUCUACACCUGCACAGAAAACACACACAGACCUGCAGUCCAGUCAUCCAUCAAAAGUCUCCAAUCAGAAAAAAUCCACCAGACUCUCGGUUGCUCAGAAAAACAACACUAGGCUUCAGAGUCCCUCAUCGAAGGCCAGUGGAGAAAGCAAACCUCGAACCGGCAGCACCAACAGACGGAGUCAAAGCUUCAACCAGUGUGACCGGUUAAAGCCGCCAGUCUCUGCCUACGUUCAUGAAAGAGAGAAAACAACUCCAUCGCCCAUAAUGGUUGAUCAUGGACCAAUCAGCUCUUCCAUUCCUCCACCCAGCUGCACCAGCACUGCUUCCAAACCCUGGAGAAGCAAAUCUCUCAGCGCUAAACACACUGCCACGUCCUCCAUGGUCACGGUUAAACAACCACCGCUAGAUUCCCUUGAGGUUCCACCUAAAGUGAUCGCCCAGAAGUCCAUGCUGGAAAAGCUCAAGCUCUUCAACAACAAAACAGGUUCUAGAGCAUCCAAUGUUGCCAGUUCAGAAGAUGUGAUCGCAGUUGAAUUAGAAGAAGGUCCGAUUUGUCCCAUCCACCCGCGAAACCAGCGGCCUGUUACUCCCACCAGUUCUGGAAGCACAAGUCCCAAGCUGGCACUGAAAGGCAUUGCCCAGUUAACAAUUGGAAGGGCUUUAGCACCCAAAAUGGCCUCAGCAAAAGUGAAAGAAAAAGUUAAAGAGAAGCCAAAGCUUAAAGAGAAAGAGAAGCCCAAACAGCUUUCUGUUUCAGAACACCUUAAAGGAGAUACCAAAACCGAUGGACUUGUACUUGAGUCUAAGAAGUCUAUUCCCAAAGGAAACAAAGCAAAGAAAGACAUUGCCAAACCAGCUAUUAGUGGAAUUCCCAAACCAAGCCAGGCAGGAAAAAGCUCAACUCUAAAUAAGGCUGUAGCUUCGCCCCCUUGUGGUGUGGAGGGAGAUCGGUUACGUAAUGGAAGGAUGGGAAGCUUGUCUGUACAUAAAGGCCAGAAAGAUAACAGAAACUGCAGCUCUGCUUCUAGCUUAGCUUUUUCAGAGGGCAAAGGUAGCCAAGACCUCACCGCUAGUUCGAAGACCAACUCAACGGCCAGUAAUACGGUCAGUGUGCAACUUCCACAGCUCCAGCAACAAUAUAGUCAUCCCAACACGGCCACUGUUGCCCCAUUCAUGUACAGGUCUCAAACAGAGAUUGAUAAGAGUGGGUUUGUGACAAGAGUGGAGGACAGGAGGGAAUGGACAGGACUGUGCAGCAAAUCUAUCCAUACUUCGCUUGAAAACCUGUCAGGUGAAGACUCUGAAACCAAGAGGCUCCGGACUGUGAAAAACAUUGCUGAUCUGAGGCAAAACUUGGAGGAAACCAUGUCCAGUCUAAGAGGGACGACGCACAUCAGUCACAGCACCCUUGAGACCACCUUCGACAGCACCAUCACCACGGAGAUCAAUGGCAGAGCUCUGCUGACCCUCAGCUCCUGCCCCUGGAGACUGGGUUCCUCCAGCCCUCGCCUACAAGCUGGUGAAGCCCCGUCCUCAUCAAACACCUUCAUCCAGCACACAAACCCUCAGCAGGCCUGCGCACACGGCCUCCAGCUCUCAGAGAAGGUGGAGGAGCUGGAAACCCCAGGCUACAGGAGUGAUGGAGACGUCUUGGGCAAGAGCAUCAGGCUGGAUGGCAUCACCAGCGGCUACUUGACGGACGGAGGUCUUAACCUAUAUUCUCGGAGGGCUAACAGUCAGGUUUUGGAUGGAAUGAAUGCUGGGAGAGGGAACAUUCAGCACUUUAAUCCCAAGAGUCAAGAUGACACUGAUAGUUGGGACGACAGCAGUUCGGUAAGCAGUGGGAUCAGUGAUACGCUGGACACAGAUGAGCUCAACACCAGCUCAUCCCUCAGCUCUUUCGUCAACACCCCGUCAGGCCCGCAAAGAGACACUGAUGAACAGCUCCAGACGGAUGCAGAGAAACACUCUGCAGUGAAACAAAACCCCAGCUGGUCCGAUAAAGACCUUAAACGUGUUGAGUUAGACAGUGGCGUAAAAAUGGAGACCACAACUAAGUGGAACAACAGGUCAGAUUUCUCAGAUGAAUCUGAACGAAGCUUAAUAGGACGCAAGACUCCUACCAUCUCCCAGACAGGCUCUUGGAGACGGGGAAUGAGCGCCCAGGUGGGCAUCACCUCGCCAAGGACUAAGACCACUACAUCCUCAAACUGCAACACUCUCAAGACACAUGGUAAGACAGAUGACGCCAAGGUAUCAGAAAAAGGACGCUCUAACAGCACCCACUCCAUAACUGUAGACGACAGCAAGAAACCUCCUCUCAAUUCCACCGCACGCACACCAACCAGCACUUUUGGCUUCAAGAAAGCCCCGGGAACAAUGGCGACAAUUACCGCGAGUGGUGCUGUGGUAACUAGUGGCUCCGCUACUGUGGGAAAGAUACCUAAAUCUGUCGGCUUCUCUGGGAGUCGAAUUGGUUGUCGGCAGACAGCUGUCGAUGAUGGAUACCUUCCCCCAAGUGCUCGGACGACACUUCAGUAUCGGAGUUUACCAAGACCUAGCCGAACCAGUGCCACUCGCUGUUCAAAUCGCCCCAACAUCUCAAACUUUGAUUCAAAUUUUUGUAACAAAAGCACUGCCACACUUCCCAACCCUAAGAGUCGCAACUUAGUCAAGUCCCCUGUGGGAGCUACUAACCAGACAGACCGGGAAAAGGGGAUCUUUUCGGAUGUGGAUAACCAGGUACUUAAGACUAGUCAGUCGGGGAUGCAAACUGGAAGGCAAACAGGAGGAAAGUAUCCAGAAAUGUCUUCACCAACUUUUCGUAGACUCUUUGGUGGUAAAUCAUGCAACAAGCAAGUGCCGGUCACCACCAUGGAGAACAUGAAGAACUCCACAGUCAUCUCCAAUCCCCAUGCCACAUCCACCCAACAGAAUGGAUCACUGGACUCAAAAUCUGUCGCCAGCGGUCCAGAUUAUGGCGAAAAUCUAACGGUGCCCUCUGGAGGUCAUGGAGAACAGACCCUUUCCUCUGUAAUCUCCAGUCCAGGAUCAGCUUUCUCUCCUUGGGGAGGCAAGGCUGGAUUGGAUUUCCCUUCUCAAAGCUCCAACCACACCAAUAGUGACUCCAUAGAUGUUUGCUUGGGAAAAGAAGAUUUAUGUCUUAAUCGUGUCAACAGUGCCCGAACCGGCCUCUCAGACAGCCCUCACUCCUCUCCCUCUGCUAGCCCUAAAUUUACCCACAACACUCUGCCGCGGAAGCAGGACAGGUAUGGCCAUGUGCCGCAGAUCAGAGGUCACGAGGAGGCUCGUGAUUGGCUGCGUUCCCCCACAGCUGUUGGGCUGCAGGAUUCAACCAGUUCUUCUCCCUACAACCCUGCAUCUGCUCUCAGCUCACCCUCAGGCACACGCUUCAACUUUAACACACUUGGCAGUCCCACCACAUCUUCACAAAUCACUGCUUUGCGUGGCAUCAACGGUCAUGGAAAUCAUGAAAGCUCAUUCGAACCCUACAUUGACCCUCGUCUCAGGAACUCCUCGAUGAGCCUGGAGGAAAGGAACCGAACUAUGAGCAGCUCCGGAUCAUUUCGUGAAGGACUGGAAGAAGUUCAUGGAUCGUGUUUGUCUCUGGUCUCUAGCACAUCAUCAGUUUACUCUACGCCUGAGGAAAAGGCCCAGACGGAGAUCCGUAAGCUGCGGAGGGAACUGGACGCAUCACAGGAGAAGGUCUCUGCGCUCACAACACAGCUUAGUGCCAAUGCUCACCUCGUGGCGGCUUUUGAGCAGAGCUUAGGAAACAUGACUAUCCGGCUGCAGAGUCUGACAACAACAGCUGAACAAAAGGACACUGAAUUAAAUGAUUUAAGGAAAACAAUUGAACUCCUCAAAAAGCAGAACUCUGCGACUCAAGCCACCAUAAAUGGAGUCAUUAACACACCAGAGCCGACAUUAACCAGCCGCAAAGUUUCUCUAGACUCUAUCAACGGGUCACCUCAGUCUCAGCGAGAGUUGGGGAUCUACAGGCAGCCGUCUUCAGACAGUGUUUCCAGCAUGACCAGUGCCACCAGCCACUCCAGCAUUGGCAGCAACCUGGAGCUUGAUUCUAAAAACAAGAAGAAGAAGAAAAACUGGGUCUCUGAGUUGCGAAGCUCAUUUAAACAAGCAUUUGGGAAGAAAAAAUCUCCAAAAUCUGCAUCCUCUCACUCGGACAUUGAAGAAAUGACUGAUUCUUCUCUGCCAUCUUCCCCCAAACUCCCCUAUAAUGGCUCGACAGCUUCCUCUCCAAUGAUACGCAACUCCAACUCGAAUUCCCUUCCUCAACUGUCCUCCCUGCCUGCACAUGGGCCUGUCUGGGGCUGUAGCAGCACGUCCAUGAGGUCUGCCUCUCUGGCACGGAUUUCUGAAUGCAUGGACAGCGAUGCAGAAACAGUCAUGCAGUUGCGCAGUGAAUUACGUGAUAAAGAAAUGAAGCUCACAGACAUCAGGCUGGAAGCUCUCAGCUCUGCCCACCAACUGGACCAACUACGAGAAUCCAUGAACCGCAUGCAAAUUGAGGUUGAAAGGCUAAAAGUGGAGAACGACCGAUUAAAGCUGGAGAGCCGGGGCAGUGGAAGCAGAGCAGCCUCACAAAUGUCCAUCUCCCCUUCUUCUGUGGGCCUUUCCUCACAGCUCAGCCUCACAGAAUCCACCAGCUUAGAUAUGUUGCUUGAAGACAGUGGAGAUGGAAGUUCAUGGAAAGAGGGGCAACAUGUAAAGGUUGUAGUCAGUCUGGAAAAAGAUCCGGAGUGGAAAGAGGAGUGUAGACCUUCUCAGUUUUUGCUGGGCUGCAUUGGUGUCAGUGGAAAAACCAAAUGGGAAGUCCUUGAUGGAGUGGUCAGACGCCUCUUUAAGGAAUACAUCAUCUGUGUAGAUCCUGUGACGCAGCUGGGUUUGAACACUGACACAGUGAUGGAGUACAGCAUUGGAGACAUCCAUCGCGCCAGUGAUGCUGAUACACCAGAGCUCCUGCCUUGCGGUUACCUUGUAGGAGAAAGUGACACUAUCUCUGUCAGGCUGAAAGACUUGUCUGUGGACAGUGAGGACAGUUUAGCAUUUGAGACGCUGAUACCGAAGCCGGUUCUUCAGCGGUACAUCUCUCAGCUGGAGGAGCACAGACGGAUCAUCUUUUCCGGGCCCUCAGGCACAGGGAAGAGCUUUCUGGCAAGCAGACUGGCAGAGUGCAUGGUGCUAAGAGAGGGCAAGCAGUUGGAUCAUCAAUCAAUCGCCACUUUCAAUGUGGAUAACAAAACUACUAAGGAGCUGAAACAAUAUUUGUCCAGCCUGGCGGAUCAGUGUAAGAACAUCGUAGAGUCUGCGGAUGUUCCUGUGGUGCUCAUACUGGACAACCUUCACCAUGUCGCUUCACUGGCUGACAUUUUCAACGGCCUACUUAACUGCAAGAGCCAGCACUGUCCUUACAUCAUUGGAACCAUGAACCAAACCCCAUCACCGACUCCGAAUCUACAGCUUCAUCAUAAUUUCAGAUGGAUUCUAUGUGCCAAUCACACUGAGCCGGUGAAAGGUUUUCUGGGUCGUUUCUUGCGCCGGAAGCUCCUAGAAACCGAGAUCAACAGUCGUGUGAGGAACGGAGAGCUGGUUAAGAUCAUUGAGUGGAUUCCCAGCGUUUGGCAUCAUCUCAACCGCUUUCUGGAAACACACAGCUCGUCUGAUGUCACGAUUGGGCCUCGGCUCUUUCUGUCCUGCCCAAUGGAUGUGGAAGGGUCCAGAGUGUGGUUCACUGACCUGUGGAACUACUCCAUCAUCCCCUACAUGCUGGAGGCUGUCAGAGAAGGACUGCAGAUGUAUGGGCGAAAGGCAUCAUGGGAAGACCCAGCAAAGUGGGUGAUGGAGAGCUUCCCCUGGGUGGCUAGUCCUCAGCAGCAUGAAUGGCAUUCAUUGCUGCGUCUGCGGCCGGAGGAUGUGGGCUUUGAUGGGUACACCAUCUCUCAGGAGGGAAGCCCAGGCAAACAGCCUGCUCAGGGAAAACCAGAAGAAGACCCACUGAUGAACAUGUUACUGAGACUAAAGGAGACGGCGCACUGUGCAGGAACAGAGAGCUACGACAGCGACUCCACCAACAACAGCCACCAAGAUGACAUGAUCGACUCCUCAUUAGAGUCUUCACUGUGAAAACAUUUAAAAACACACUUCUGUGUGAAACUACGGGGUGCUGGAAACCCUGAAAAAAAACUCUUAUUAAACAUCACACCAAAUCAAAGAAAACCGUUUUGAAGAGCGUCAUUUCAGCAAACGGACCACAGAUGGCGCUAAAAGGGUGUUCAAUGUGGAGAAAAACGGACCAUCUGAACACUCAUGAAGUCAGGUAUAUUUCAGUCAUAUUAAACAUCAUAAAUAUGUCAUGCUCAGUGAUUUUAAUGCACUAGUGAGCUUUUUUUGGUGCUUGAUAAAAAAAAGCCUUACAACUUUUGAUAUAAGUUGAGGUAGCCCAGCAAACAUUUUUAGUUUUUAAAAUAUGUCCAAUAGAUGUCUUAUAGACGUCUAAACAUAGUCAUAUUAGCUAAAACAAGCUAAUUUUGAGCUGUCAGUGAAAAUUUAAUAGACGUCUAAGAUUAGGCCAAAACUAGACUAUCGUCAUCAAAUUAACAAAAAUAAAUGACCACACAUCUAAAGUCUGUCUAAUCUAUUUGACGACUGGUCUAGUUUUGGGCUAUUCUUAGACUACUAUUCGAUUUUCACUGACAGCCCAAGUUUAGCCUUGUUUUAGCCAAGCUGUCUACUUAAGAUGUCUGUUAGACAGUCUGUUAGUUGUUUGCUGGGUGGCUUGUGUCUUAAAGAUGUGCAAGUUUCUACGAAACAAUUAAUGCAAGAACAUUAUAGCCUUUGAAGUGUGCACUAUCCAUGGGACCUAACAGAGAAAUAAAGUAUAAUGUGAACUAUAAUAAAAAAAAACAAAUAAAAUAUGUUUGGAAAUAUAUUUAAGCUUCGAUUUGUGCCAGGAGUAAAUGUUGUGCCUCUUUAGUAAUUUCUAUGCAAUACAGAACUAGAAAGUCAUCAUGGCUAAAAUAUAAGUCGACUGGUUCUUAACAGAAAUCCAUCAUGAUUGCAUUUCAGUUUAGUAAUUCUGCUUACUUUUAGAUGCACGAUUGGUCACAUCCUUCCCCCCAAAUAUUUUUACAAGGACAACUUCAUCCUAUAUUUAUGUGUAUGUGAGUCUUCUUUGUUGAGUGUAAGUGUGUUUGUCUAAAGUAUUUGUUGAAGGGAGAAAGAAGUUUUGUGUGUGUAUUAUUAAGGUUUAUAAAUAAGAUCUCAGCAGGUAGCCUAUACAUUCAUUAAAAAAGUCUGGCACAUGGAUGUGUGUGUUGUGUUUUCACUGUAUUUGAAUCAGCUUGUCUAGUGGCAAACAUUAGCAUGAAGUUCAUCAAAUGGUUUACUCAGAGUUUAUUAAUUCAAAGAGCGCAUUUCGUUCACCUAAAAAUCUUUUAUUUAUUUCUGCUGCUUUUGAACACCUCCUGUAGUAUUUCUUUUCAUUUUGUUUUCUUGUAAGAUCCUGCCAGGUAUUCAUGCUGUUCUUUAAGUACUUUAAACACAUCUACAUGUGACAUUUGUGUGAAAAUGAACUAAGUUUCAGAGAAAAUAGUCCACUUUCCCAUUAAUUUCUGAUCAAUUUUGGACUGAAUUCUGUGUAUAUUUUCAGGUGUACUAUAUUUUUGUAAAUAUUCGACUCAUAUUUUAGAUGUUUGUGUAGUCUAAGAAAGUGAUUUUAUGUGAAGUUGUUAAUAUUUGAUGAUGUUUUUCAUUGUAAACUUUGGUCAAUAAAUGUGAUGCCCAACAGUUA